AAUUGCUUGCCCUAUGUUCAGAGCAGCUGGUCACAUGAGCCUGAAUUUUCAGUUCAGUUCAUUAGUCAGCCAUUUUGGUCAACACCCUGCUUACUGCGCACAACCAAUCCUAUUAGAACUCAGCAUCCCGGCUCCUCUGAGCAGAUCCUGGAAGUGAUUUCUUCAGUUCAGGAUUUUUUUUUAAGCUGAAUUGCAAAGACAGAUUUAUUUUUGUUUGUUUGUUUUUCUUUAAUUUUUCCUGCACAAAGAAGGAAGAUUUUUUUUCACUUACUCAUGCAGAGGCCAGUUUUUUAAAACCAGCAGAUGUGGCAUCGGCUGUGCAGGAUUUAAAGCCUAUAGCUCAGCUGAAAAAAGGAAGGGAAUAGGGUAGGGAAGAUAAAAGAAGAGGAAGCUGGGAGAAGAAAAACACCAUCUUUUGUUAAGGGGUAGGAAUUGUCUAUGGGAAAAGAUAGUUUAGAAUUAUUUCUCUUUUAACAGUUGGUUCUUGAGCCAGAAGAUAUUUUUCCUUCUGUAUUUUUUUAACCUCCCCACCCUCUUUUUUUGAGAGCUUUGUUCCAGUGCUUUGAAUUUGGGGUUGUUUUUUUUGUUUUUUUUUUUUUUGGAGGGGAGGUUUUAUUAGCGUGUGUGUGUGUAAUUGUGUAAGUGUGUAAGUGUGUUGUGGUCCCAGCUGAGUCAUCAUGUCUGCUCUGACGCCUCCGACCGAUAUGCCAACCCCCACCACUGACAAGAUCACACAGGCUGCCAUGGAGACCAUCUACCUUUGCAAAUUCCGAGUGUCUAUGGAUGGAGAAUGGCUCUGCCUUCGAGAGUUGGAUGACAUCUCACUUACACCUGACCCCGAGCCUACUCAUGAAGACUCUUGGGAGGAUUUGACAGAUUUGGUGGAGCAAAUGCGCGAUGAUGCAGAAGAUCCUAAUUAUCUCAUGGCUAACGAACGCAUGAACCUGAUGAACAUGGCCAAGCUGAGUAUCAAGGGACUGAUUGAAUCUGCGCUGAAUCUUGGGAGGACUCUGGACUCUGACUAUGCACCUCUUCAGCAGUUCUUUGUGGUGAUGGAGCACUGCCUGAAACAUGGCUUGAAGGCUAAGAAAACAUUUCUUGGACAAAAUAAAUCUUUUUGGGGGCCUCUAGAACUAGUAGAGAAGCUUGUUCCAGAAGCUGCAGAGAUAACAGCAAGUGUCAAAGACCUUCCAGGACUUAAGACACCAAUAGGCAGAGGAAGAGCGUGGCUUCGUUUAGCAUUAAUGCAAAAGAAACUUUCAGAAUAUAUGAAAGCUUUGAUCAAUAAGAAGGAACUUCUCAGUGAAUUCUAUGAACCCAAUGCCCUCAUGAUGGAAGAAGAAGGCGCCAUAAUUGCUGGUCUGUUGGUGGGUCUGAAUGUCAUUGAUGCCAAUUUCUGUAUGAAAGGAGAAGAUUUGGACUCUCAGGUUGGCGUUAUAGAUUUUUCAAUGUAUCUCAAAGAUGGAAACAGCAGUAAAGGUAGUGAAGGAGAUGGCCAGAUUACUGCAAUUCUGGAUCAGAAGAACUAUGUUGAAGAACUCAACAGACAUCUCAAUGCUACUGUAAACAACCUUCAGGCAAAAGUGGAUGCACUGGAAAAAUCCAACACUAAAUUGACAGAAGAGCUUGCAGUUGCAAACAACAGGAUUAUUACCUUGCAAGAAGAAAUGGAACGUGUUAAAGAGGAAAGCUCCUACAUUUUGGAAUCCAAUCGGAAGGGUCCCAAACAAGACAGAACUUCAGACGGGCAAGCUCUAAGUGAAGCCAGAAAGCAUUUAAAGGAGGAGACACAAUUACGACUGGAUGUUGAAAAGGAACUGGAACUCCAGAUCAGCAUGAGACAGGAGAUGGAGAUAGCUGUGAAGAUGCUGGAGAAAGAUGUCUGUGAAAAGCAGGAUGCUCUGGUGUCUCUGAGGCAGCAGCUGGAUGGUCUCAUAUCACUCAAAGAUGAACUGGCCUUUAAGCUGCAGAUUUCAGACUUAGGAGUCAAACAGAAAAGUGAACUAAACAGUCGCUUAGAAGAAAAGACUAAUCAGAUGGCUGCUGCCAUUAAACAGCUUGAGCAAAGCGAAAUGGAUUGGGUGAAACAGGCAAAGACCUUAAAUAGUACAGCAAAGAAACUGAUCCCCAAGCAUCAUUAAGCAUUUUGUACUUGGUCACCUCGCAAGUCUGAUACCACUAUUAAUAAAGGAAAAAAAUUGAAAGAUACAACAUCUAAACUCUGAUUCUAGAUCAAACAUCACCAAAAACUUUAAUUAGAAUUGUUUGACAAGAAGAAAAAAAAUGUUUGAUAUGUAGACUGUGUUGUUCUGUUGUUUUGAUUUUUUUCCCCAGAGUUAGAAGAUUUAGUAUAAGUUCUUGAUUAAAUGCCAACCAACCAGACUUUGAGAAAUUGCUUAAGAGUUGACCAAUAAACACACCAUCAAACAGCCGUAGGGAAUUAAACCUUAUUUAUUGAUGCCUUUACAGCUCAGACCCUACAAGGUCAGGUUCUUAUACCUGUUCUGCUAGUGCAGUUAAGGAACUAGAGGUGACUUCCAUCUGGACUUGGACUCUUCUGAAGUAGUUGUGUCUCCUAGGUCAGACCCCGCCCCUUCACUUCUGUUCUAUAGGUUUAAUCCCCAAGCCAAGGAUAAGUACUUAGUAUUUCACUACAGUUCUCUUCUCAGUAACCAAGAUUGCUUGCAAGUUUUUGCCUUAGUGACUUUGAAGAAAAAAAUAUAAAAUAAAACCACGGCAUCCUUACUUUUCUUUAAAGUACAUAGAGAUAAAGUUAGUGAUUAGGUAAUUCAUGAUGAUAAUGUAAUAAUGUGGGAGCUUGGGAAAAGUCCUCCUCGUGUUUUGUCACCUUCUACCUCUGCUGUUUUUCCUGUAAUUUCUUUUCCUGAUUAGCUAGCUCAGAGAGAAAAUAAUCUCCUAUAAAAGAAAUAUACUUUUUCAAAUCUGUCCUUCUCUUUCCUUUAGGAUUAAAAAAAAAGAGAUACAGCAAUGAAUGGCAUUUCCUGCCACUUAUUUUAUGUUUGAAUGGGGGAUUUGCUAAAAUUUCUGGGAACUAAUAAUCCAAUUGUUAGAAAACUAUUUCCGACUGGGAGAUAAAUUACAAACUUUUAAUUUUGUUAAUAUUAUUUUAGUUUAAAAAUUAAAAUUUCCAAUAGUUAUUCACAGACAAUAAUUAGCAAGAUUUGUUUUUCUAAGUGACCACAGUUCUAACCCUUUAUAGAUGUUACAUUGUAAAUAAUUCUAUAAAUACAUUCAUUUUUUUAAAUCACUUUUUGUUUGGAAGAAUAGGCUGUAUUAAGCCUUCCUUCCCCCCCCCCAAAAAAAAAUCUUGGCAAAAUACUAGGUUCUUUUUAUUCUGGUAUGAUUUGCAGCAUUUCAGCUGCCUAGAUGGAAACAUAGAUAAUAUCUGUGCUUUCAGCUCGUAAAAAUUUUUAUCACCUUUUUGGAGGGAAAAAAAGGCAAAACUAAAGAAAUAAGAUCUAUUUCAUGUGUGCUUUUAAAAAGCCCUUGCAAACUGGAACCAAAGUCAAUUCAAAAAGCUUCUGACUAAUCUCAUGGAAGAUCCUGUGCUCUUGAACUUAUUUUGGUUCUGACAACUUUGCACCUAUAAAUAUAAAUCUUUCACCGUCUUCUUUUCUCCUCAUACUUUUGUAGUGAUGAAUUGCCUUUCUAUGAGCAUUUGGAAAUUGUGCUCAGACACCAAAAUAAAAGAUUUUAAGGACUACACAUAGUAUGCUUCCAAAUUCUGUUACAUGCAGCCCUAAAUGUUUCAUAGUUUCAAAUAUGUAUUUUAUAGGUGUAAAGUUCGAAAAUAUAUAGAGAAAAACAUUCAUCGGAUUCUUCCAGAGAUUUUUGUGUGAGCCUGGUGCUGAGUUGUUUGUUCACUUAAUCACACACACACACCACUUUGUAGGAAUGGAAACGAAAGAGAUGACCAAACUGACGAAGGUUUUUCCAAAUUUAGUAAUCUGGAGCCUGGGUUAAGGACUGAUAGAGAAUGUCUAAUGAUUUACUAUAACUUGUGAUUUAGGGAAUGAACCCAAAAUUCUAAUUCCACAGAUAAAAAAGGUAGUUGCUCAUUUGCAAGUUUCAAUUAUGUGUGUAAAACAAAUGUAAGGUACCAAACUUAAUUUUUUUAAGUGGGUUUAACUUUAAUUGCUGUGUACUUGAGGUUGGCUUGGAUAUGGAUUUUCUAAAAAGUCUUGUUUUAUUGUUUAUCAUCUAAUUGCUGUAAACUGUAGUACUAGAAUAAAAAAAAAGGGAAAAUCAA